CUAUACCAUACCAUCAGCUUUCAAAACACAGCGAGAGAACGCCUUGAUAUUUGCUGCUUGUAAGCCGUGGCGCGGCACAUUAGGACGCUCUCAGCUAUGAUGCGUCUCCUCGUCGCGCUUGCGGGGCUCGCCAGCGCGUUGCAGCCGCCGCCGUCCCUCUCCAAAGGCGGCACCUCCCUGAAGUUCGACGCCGCCGACGCGAUGGCCGACAUGAUCGCCGCGCAGCACGCGCUCAAGCUCGAGAGCGUGCGCAAGGCCAAGGAGGAGGUCUACGCGUCCUACGCCGAGAAGAUCGCGGCGCUCGAGCAGGAGCUCGCCCAGCGCACGGACGUGCCCAUCUACUCCUCAAAUGCGGCGGCGGUACCAGCACCGGCCGCGGCCGCGCCGGGCCCCGAGCUCACGUUCCUCGAGUACCCGCAGACGCCGGCCUCGAAGUUCAAGCCGACGCAGCCGCUCGAGAGCACGGUCAUGAGCGUGAAGCGCGCCAUCGGCCCGGACGCGCCGGGCGAGAUCUGCCACGUGGCCCUGCAGACGGGCGGGCGGCUGCCCUACGUCGAGGGCCAAUCAAUAGGCGUGCUGCCGCCCGGCAUUGAUGCGAAGACGGGCAAGCCCCACCAGCAGCGGCUCUACUCCAUCGCGUCGUCGCGGUACGGGGACGACGGCGGCGGCACGUCCGUGUCGCUCUGCGUCCGUAGAGCCGUUUAUGUGGACCCCGAGACCGGUGCGGAGGACCCAGCGAAGAAGGGCGUCUGCUCGAACUUUCUGUGCGACUCCAAGCCCGGCGCCUCCGUGAAAAUCACGGGCGCCGUCGGGAAAGGCAUGCUCCUGCCCGACGACGACGAGGCCGACAUCAUCAUGGUCGCGACGGGCACGGGCGUCGCGCCCUUCCGGGGGUUCAUUCAGCGUCUCUUUAUUGAAAGGACGCCCGCGGCGGCGGCGUUCGAGGGCCGGGCCUGGUUAUUGUUCGGCGGGCCGACGUCGGACUCGGUGUUGUACCCGGAGCUCUGGGAGCAGGCCGCGGCGAACAAGCCGGGCCAGUUCGAGCUCACACUCGCGAUUUCAAGGGAGCAGACCACUUCCACUGGAGGGAAGAUGUACGUCCAGGAGCGGCUCACGGAGCGCGCGGACGAGCUCUUCGAGCGCCUCGCGGGCGGCGCCCACCUCUACUUGUGCGGCCUCAAGGGCAUGCAGCCGGGCAUCGAGGCGGCUCUUGAACAAGCGGCGGUCGCGCGGGGCCUCGACUUCAAGACGUGGAUCAAGGCGCUCCGCAAGGAGAAGCGGUACCACGUGGAGGUUUAUUGAACCUGUAUCUAUCUGUCUAAAAACGAAACGAACUUAUGACCACU